UAUUUGGAGGAACUUCACUCAGCGGAGCAACGAAGACAAUUCACCACACAUGUGUGAAAAUGUCUGCAAGGACCACAGCAAAGUACGUGGAGGAAAAGGACCGUACGCGUCGACGACAGGAACAUCUUUGCUUGCAGCCGAAUGUUGUGUUGCGCAGGGCAGACAUCAGUGAAGCUAUUCGUCCUAAGCAGCAGGAGCCAGAGCGCACGUGCAUUAAAGAGGAAGAUGUGGGCAAAGAGGUCCACCACUUGAAUGAACAAAUGGUGCACACGUUUCUUUGCAACAUAAAAGAGGAGGAAGAGCCGGAGCGGCCUUGUAUUAAAGAGGAGGAUGUGGGCAAAGACGUCCACCACUUGAAUGAACAAAUGGUGCCCACGCUUCUUUGCACCACAGAAGAGGAGGAAGAGCGGGACCGGCUUUGUAUUAAAGAGGAGGGAGAAGACUCCUGUGACAUUAAAGAGGAGGAUACCUUCGAGAUGCUAUCGAUUGGUGUUCCUGUGAAGAGUUUAGAUGAGGGUCAACAUGAGGUGAGCAAAGGGGCGGAGCCUCCAAGCUGCAGCUCAAGUCAACAAAUGACUAGAGAAGAUGAUGGAGACCACUGUGGAGGAUCAGAAGCAGCUCAGCCAUUAGAUAGUGAAGAUGUGACGAAAAACUUUUCCUGCUCAGAUUGUGGCCGAAAAUUUGCUCAGAGGGGACGUUUAAAAAGUCACACAAGAACCCACACUGGUGAGAAACCCUUUUCAUGCUCAGAUUGUGGCCGAAAAUUUGCUCAGGGGGGACAUUUAAAGAGGCACACAAGAAUCCACACUGGCGAGAAACCCUUUUCAUGCUCAGUUUGUGGGCAAAAAUUCUCUGAGGGGGGACAUUUAAAAAAGCACACAAGAAUCCACACUGGCGAGAAACCUUUUUCAUGCUCAUUUGUGGCCAAACAUUUUCAGUGA